UGAUGGCCCACAGCUUGGCCUGAUUGAUUGCUUGUAAGUUCCAAUAAUAAUUGCAUGGUAAGUUAACAUUCAUUACCCUGUCUCCUUCACAAUAUCUUCACAAUAUCUUCACAAUAUCUGCAGCAGGCCGCAGAUGGCUGCCGAAAGUAUAUAACAGCACUUUUGAAGGGUGACCUUGCUUGGAGAUGUUUAACGAGGCCACUCUAUCAAUCUGGCAAAGCCUUUCUGAUUGGCCCUGGCCUGGUGCAACGGAUAAAGAUCGAGUCUCAGAGCCAAGGCAAAAAGCAAUAAUGGAAAUUCCAUCUGGGAUGCGUGACGUGACGGCCAUCCUGGUUGUCACAAUAGAGGUCCAGGGCCCCAUCGCCGAGAGCGAUGUCUCCGAUGCAGCCCCGCAGCUUUCUCCACGCGCUCACAUCCCCUCUUCAAAAGUCAGAAGCGCCUGCUGAGCGCCAUUUGGAUCUUCCCAACUCUGGCAUGAACAUACAAUAAAAAAUGUGCCCUCCAGCGUGAAAGCUCAAACAGCCGCCAGCUUAACUAACAGACAAAAAGAGACCGUGAAAGGACCCGCCAUUUUCCAGUCACACUCCACAAUUCAUGCGUCUCGACAAGCUGUCGAAUGCUGUCAAGUAACUCCACGUUUUGACUUCCUCCUACCCGCUGAACAUCUACGCCCAUCACAUCACAUUACACUGUACAUUACUCCGUACAUUAUUACGUCCAAGACCAUCGACCUGUCUGCCAGCCAAUUAAUUCCCUUCCACUAGCAAGGCUGGGUCCGGUUAGUACGGCCAAAAGCACCCCUUUCCGAGGAGGUAGCUCCUGUUCCACGGUCUCCGGUCCCUCGAGCCGGGACAUAUAUCUAGCCACCUGCCUUACAGUUUGCCGAAGAUACCUCCCAUCAAGAGACCAUCAGGCUAGCCGUUGUUGCUUGACUUGUAGUAUAUUUACAUUCAUUCGUUACUCUAAUAUCUUUUUGCUUCUGCACCCGCUUCGACACCAACCCUGGCCGGCCUGCUUUGGUCCGCUCCUUCGUUUUCCUGCCUUAAAUCGUCUUCCCAAACUUGUCUCAUCGCAGGAUCGUGGGAGCCAGUUGCACUGCUUCUACAUAAUCUGUCAUAAGGUCUGACAAGAGUACACGUGUUGGGUCCGAAUAGCACAAACCAAUUGGAGACGAACUUACACGAGCUGAAAUCUUCACCUUUUCGUAUGCCGUUACUUGCUACUUCAGUCGUCGCGCCGCUCUUCUGCUCUGACUCCAUCUUUGGCCUUGACAAUAUGCACAUUAGUCAAUAACCGUUGACUUCUCGGCUGCUGUGGCAACUCUAGACUUUGGCCUCGUUGAUUCCGUGAAUAUCCUACGCUUUCUCCGUCGUCUUGCGCAUCGGUUCCGCGGGUGAACAACUGUGUUAUAAAAGAGAUACCAUUGACUGGUAGAAGUGGCAGCUAGCCAGGUUGGGAGCUGGUUGAUUAGAGGAAGACAAUUGUCUGUCCUGAACGGAACGGGCGAGGCGAAGGAAACUUCAAGUCAGGAAGGCCAACAUAUUUCCAUGAUAUAUUAGCUGGAUCAGGAAUAGGUGGUUUGCAUACCGCAAUUUGGAGAGCGCCUUCGAAAUCAACGAAAUUAUGUCACCGCUAAACAGGUUGAAGGAUUCUUCGGGAGUUUUUCCUAGGGGCCUGGAAUCAUUGGUCUCACUGGCGAAACGCAUCUCAAUUCCUCCCGACGUCCACCAAUCUCCAAUAGAAAUAGAAGAGAGCCAGAGGGAUCCAUGGGCAGAAUCAGGUAAAUAUGCCCUUGGCUGGGUAUAUUUCUCCAUCAUCCUGCUCAUUGCCACGACUUUGCUCUAUCUUUACAAUGUUUGGUGCGAUAAGAUAAGAACAGGCCUCUACAAGGAAGAAGUCCUCAAUAACAAGACGUCAUCGCCACAAUCGGAUUUCGAAAUGACAAGCCCUGGUACUGCCAAUUCUUCACGCAACUUCUUCCCCCCAGAAGGCCCACUUCCAUCCACAACCCCGCGUAGACAAGAAUCCUCAAUAUCGAAUCUAUGGCUUAUUAACUACCUGACAGCGUUUAUAAGGUGGCUAGUCUACAGACCAAUUCCCGUUAUCAGAAUAUGGAAACUCAAGAUCGUGCCCCCGUCGAUGGGUGCCACUGUUAUUGUGUUGAUGGCUUUAAUCUUUGUUACGCUCUAUUGUUUCAUACCCCAACCUCUCUUUUACAGCAGCAUCCGAGCCGGAUCCCCUCCCUUAGCAAUACGUGCCGGAAUGAUAGCCGUUGCACUGAUGCCGUGGAUAAUCGCGCUGAGCUCGAAGGCAAAUCUCAUCUCCCUAAUGACUGGCAUUGGCCAUGAGCGGCUUAAUGUGCUCCAUCGGUGGGGUGGCUACCUUUGCCUCUUUUUGAGCCUUGUCCACAUGAUUCCAUUCUACAUUACCCCUGUCUGGGAGAACGACGGACUUGAAAUAUAUGAGAAACUUCGCACCGGGAAUUUGUAUAUCUAUGCCUCUGGACUGGCUGCAUUCGCACCGCUUUGUUUCCUCUGCGUCCAUUCCUUACCCCUGCUACGCAACAGGCUGUAUGAGCUCUUUGUAACUCUACACGCCCCUGUCAGCGUCAUCUUUCUCGGUAUGCUUUUCUGGCACUGCAAAAAUUUCUUGACUUCUUGGCAUUACCUGUUUUCUACCGUGGCGAUCUGGGUAGUGUCAUACUUUGCCAGACUGUUCUUCUUGAAUUGGACGAAUCCCUUCCGCCUCUCCUGGCUGAUCGGAGAAGAGUCCGCAGUCACAAUUCUCCCCGAAACUGCGGUCAAAGUCACGGUUCCCACGCAGAUGAAAUGGAGACCAGGCCAGUACGUCUAUCUAAGGAUGCCGGGCAUCUCAUUCUUCGAAAAUCAUCCCUUCACUGUUGCCUCUCUAUGUAGUGACGACUUCCCAUCCGAAUAUGGCGAGGAGUACCGAGAUAUGACACUUGUCUUUCGACCAUUCAGUGGCUUCACCGGCAAAGUACUCGACACUGCUCUUGAAAAGGGUCCUUAUAAGACAUAUCGCGCCUUUAUAGAUGGACCUUACGGAGGCAUGCGGCGGGAAAUAGCCUCAUUCGAUGACGUAGUAUUCUUUGCAGGAGGCAGCGGCAUCACAGCCAUCGCUAGCCAACUUCUUGAUCUAAUCAAAAGAAUGCGAGAUGGCAAAGCUCUCACGCGAACGGUGCGGGUCAUCUGGGCCCUCAAGCGUCCGGAAACGCUGGAAUGGUUCAAGGAAGAAUUGCGAAUAUGUCGUGAAUACGCCCCUCCAGGCUCUGUCCUUUGCCAAUUCUACCUCACUGCCGCGAAGCGCUACGAUGGCACGACCAUGACACGCUCGAGACCCCAUAGCACCGCCCUGCACGACCGGAUAAACGACGUCUUCCAGGGAGUUGCCAGCAAGCGAAACUCCGCCUACAUCCGUGAAGAAGCCGGCGGCGACUCAGAGCGCGAGAAAGAGCUCCGCCGCGAAAACGAGGACGGCGUCGCUGCCCUCCCGCCUGCCCAUCUCCAUGAACACCACCAAAACUACCACCACUCGCGCUCCCAGGGCCCUGAAAUCAUCGCCCCUGUCCCCAUCCCUAGUCCCGCACAUCCAUUCCCCUCGUUCCCCUUCUCCCACCCAGAUUACUUCAACCAGCAACACCAACACCAACACCAACAACGAGACACAGAAGACCCACGGUCGUUCGACUUCGGCUUCCCCAGCACCCCCACCCUCUUUCAAAAGAACCUAAUGCGUUUCGCCUUCCUCCCGACACAGAAACGCGACGGCUGGCGCACCGAAUACGGCCGGCCGGACAUCCCUUUCAUCCUACGACAGUUUUCCAAGGAAUUUGGCCGGCGUACGUGCGUGUUUGUCUGCGGGCCGCCUAGCAUGCGGACUGAUGUGGCAAGAACGGUUGCGCAGUUGCAGAGGGUUGUUAUGAAAGAUCCUGGCAGGGAUGAGUUGUAUUUGCAUACGGAGAAUUAUGCGAUCUGAGGAGGACGGGUGAUGCUGGAGCGCUGUGGGCCGGCUUUUUGUUCCAGUGAGAGUGAUUGGCAUAUCGCUAUAUUUUGUUCUUGUUAUUUUACCAGCGUCGACAUACCUUACUUCUUGUUCUUUUCCUAUGUUCAUAUUUGGAUGAAAGACGGAUACCCGGGUUAGGAUUGUGAUUUACUUGGAUUGAAAAAAUUCUUAUCUUUUGGAUGCAGAACGAUGGGAAGGACGGCUACAUUUGUUUUUCCCACUGCGCAUCCUGUCAAGGAUCUGAAGAGGCGGGGAAAACCUCUCUUUUUAUCCUACCACUAUAUAUAUAUUUAUUUUCUCCUCUCCCGUUUUCCUUCUUCCUCCAUUUCUCCACAUUUUGAAGGCUGCAUAGUGAAAGCUGCAUUCUUACAAUAUAUAUAUAUAUCCAAAUUUCGGCCGCUUUCUACUUAGCUAAUAACAUGUAUAACCUGCGUAUUAGGUACUACAAUGAUACCUUUCUCCAACAUAUUAAGAUUCUACAAAACUAAGUCUAUUAGUUUACACAUAGAGCCGCCCGCACGUCUUUUAAGCAUGUAUUCUGCACAUAAAACUUCUUAUGGAAAGAGACAGAUUCUCAUAGAAAAUAUAUGUAUUAGAAAUUAGGUACUGUACAUCC